CGUGGGCGGAAGUCCCGGCCCCGCGUCACCUGACCCUAAGUCCGGCAGACAUGGCGUCCUGCCUGCGUGCGGGUGGUCGGCUGGUGCGCGCUUUGGCUCCCGGUGGGGAGCUGGAGCCAGAGCAGCUGCCCCGGAAGCUGCGUGCAGAACUUGAAGCCGUGCUGGGGGAGAAGCACAAGGACGGUGAUUUUCCCAGUGGCCCCUCGCGCCUGGUUCCCUUCCGCCUGAUCCGAGAUCUGCAUCAGUACCUGAGAGAGACGGGUUCCACACUAUACCUUCAUGAGCUCCUAGAAGGCAGUGAAAUCUAUCUCCCAGAGGUUGUGAAGCCUCCUCGGAACCCAGAACUAGUUGCCCGUUUGGAGAAGAUUAAGAUACAGCUGGCCAAUGAGGAAUAUAAGCGGAUCACAUACAAUGUCACCUGUCAGGAUUCAAGGCAUGGUGGGACUCUUAGUGACCUGGGAAAGCAAGUGAGGUCAGUGAAAGCGCUGGUCAUCACCAUCUUCAACUUUAUUGUCACGGUGGCAGCUGCCUUCGUCUGCACUUACCUUGGAAGUCAAUAUAUCUUCACAGAAAUGGCCUCACGAGUACUAGCUGCAUUGAUCGUGGCCUCCGUGGUGGGCCUGGCCGAGCUGUAUGUCAUGGUGCGGGCGAUGGAAGGCGAGUUGGGAGAGCUUUAACUCAUGGUUCAUUGUCAAAGUCUGGAGCAGGUUUUGGGGGACUUUAGGCUCCCAGCUGCCUGACUCAGAGUCAACCUAUCAGGCUCUUUGUCCAUAACUCCGGUUAGUCAGAGAGCUGUACCAAGGCUGUUCCUGCCGGAGCCCUGUCCUCUGUCAGUUUCCAGAGGGGCAGGAAAAGAGACUCAGACAACAAAUGAAAAGAACUGCUCUUUCAGUUCCUUCUCCUGAACCCAGUGCCCAUCUGCCUUCUCUAGUCCAUCUCGGCACUGCCAAAGCUGGUUUUUUUUUUUUUUUUUUUUCUAUCAGGAGUAAAUGGAAUCCAGGUCUUCCCAAAGUAGACCAUACUGUCUUGAACCUCCCCAGGUACACAAAUCAAUGGUCAUCCUUGCUCCAAAGAUGCUUCACACAGACCUGUAAUUUAGAUCAGUAACCUCCAAAAAAGCAGAAAGGAUUCCUUUCCUCUAGUUUGUUUGGGAAGAGGAACUGAUCACAGGUCAUUAAAUAAGAGAAGGACAGGUUGGUACAAGGAUGGUGAAAUUGGGAACUAAGAUGCCACAUUUCCAGAAUCUUAGUUUCGGUCUUCAUCCUCUCCUGGCCUUUUUCAGAUUUUCUAUAUGCUUUUACCUGUCUCUUCCACUCACCAACCCUCCUCAAACUUCUCACCUUUCCAUCACCCUUUGCUCUGCCUCCAAAAAUGAAAACAAUUCAGAUGGCAAAACAGUAUGUCUGCUUUUAAUUGAAAAUCUCUUGUGCUUGUAUAUGUUGGUGGGAAGAGUAUCCCUACUGUGGAUUAUCUCAGCUGAUAAAGGGAGAUGUUCUUUGUAGAUAUGGACUGUUUCCAGAUUUAACUGUAUAUAUGAAUAUGAAUAAGCAUACACAUGAAUAUGUAUAUGUAACAUUACAAAUACGUGUACGUAUUAUCCGUUAGCCUAAUGGGGGAGGUUUUAUGUAGGUUAUUAAAAUGUCUGAGUUUAGGGGAGUGCGAAAAAAUAGUUUGUUAAGUGUGCACAGCUGAGUAAUUGCUUUAUGUGAUUACUUUUGGUCUUUGUAACAAUCCUGGAGGUUGGAAGAGGAAAUGGCUUUAGGCCCCUUUUCCCAAAGACAAAACUGAGGCUGAGAAAGAUCAGAUGAUCUUUCCUUCUCUGUUCUGAAGUCUGAAAUUCUGUGUAAUGUUAAACUUCUAAGAACUUAGAUUAGUAGGCAUACUGAUAGAAUCUGUGUAAAGGUACUUAAAAACUAUCAGCAAUAGUUAUUUAUCCAAUAAAUAUUUACUGUAUCCCCUGUA